AUGUUUUUGGGAAGGCUCUUCGUAGCGUUGCUACUGCUGGCCACUACUCCGCAGACGCUAGCCAUCCUCCAUACAGAACUAUUCAACUCCUCCAUAAACGACCCGCUGGUGACCCUACGCAAUGAGUGUCCCGGUGCACAGCGGGCCACAACGGAAGCGGACCUUGAGCCGCUGCUGCGGGACAACCUGGAACCAGACCUGCGCCCAUGGCGGCAGCUGGGUCGGCCCCUGACCCGCCUGGACCUGCUUAACUUCCUGCACGAGAUCGAUAGCCACUGGCUGGAGUACCGCCGCAACUUCCUGGCCGUUGUGGUCAUCCGCAACAAUGUGAUGCGCUGGUGGGCCUACCCCAAUGCGAGGGGGUGGUGCACACGGAGGGUCAAAUUCAUUGCGGAGCAGUUCCACGGCUUCGUGGCCUCCGUGGGGCUGCGUUUCCCGGACGUGGUGUACGUCAUGAACGCGUACGACAAGCCGCUGUGUGAGCGGGGGAACUGCUCCGCGCCGCUCUUCACCUUUGACAAGCGCUGGAACGCGAGUGCAUAUGCGGCAGGUUUACCGGGCAGUGCCCAUGACGACAUCCUGCACCCCGUCAUGAACCACCCUUUCGAGCAGCUGAUAGACUACCCCUGGGAUAAGAAGAUUGAGAGAGGCUUUAUGAGAGUUGGCAUCUACGGCGCCAUGGCCGCCAACUGUUCUCGUGUUCUGAUGUAUAAGGUGGCUCAGAGCCGGGCAGGGCAGGAGGUGCUGGAUGUGGGCAUCUAUCAGAACAGGCAUUGGAAGGUCAAAGUCAAGACGGUCCCCCCGGUGCCUAUGGAGCUGCACACGCGGUGGAAGUACCUGAUCAAUACGGAUGGUCAGUCAGCUAGCUGGCGCCUUGCUAAGCUACUGGCCAUGAAUAGCGCGGUGCUCAAGUACCGGUCAGACGCGAUUGAGUACUAUUACAGGUCGCUGCGGGAAGGCGAAAACUACGUCAGCUUUGACCACACCGACGUGGUUGAGGUGAUCAAGGGGCUCAAGGGCCGAGAUGCGGAGCUGAAAACCAUGGCGGCACGUAACCAGGCGUUUGCGUUUCGCUACCUGUCGCAGCUGUCACGGACACUGUAUGCCAAGGUGUCGUUUGAACGUUACAAGGGGCUAUUUUCUGACAUGGACGAGUUCCUGCACGAGAUUCCUCAGGAUUUCAGCAUGUCGUGGUUCUUGCAGCACAGGGCGAGACUGAUUGCGGCAUCGACAGGGGUUGGGCUAGGGUCCAUGCCGCCAGGGAUGCUCCGCGGCACGCACUGGGUACAGGGUCUGUGGGCCAUCUACCUGGGCAUCUCAGGCCCCCUGUUGGCCCUCGUCCUUGGACAGCACGCGGCCCUAGCAGCUGCCGCCUUCUGGACGACAGCUGACCAGGUGCCAAGCAGGCUACAGGAAACCAAAAUGAGCGGUAGACCCGAGCCUGUCCCGGAGCUUGCAGAUAGCGCGAUGGAGAGCUCAGCUGCAAUGGGGACGGAGGCGGUGGAAACGGCAGCGGCAGCGGCACCAGUAGGUGUCGGUGGUGGGCCCGCUGCUACGCCCUCGUCCGCAACCCCUACUCCGCCGUCUCUUCCCGCGGCAAUCGUGCUCGAAAUGAUGGACAGGGAAUUGCGACCUGUCCCUGCCGCCACACAACCUUACGUCACGGCUACAUCCACAACCAUUACAGCCGCAAACGGUUCCACCUCCGGUGGCGGCCCGCGGCCGUCGCCUCCUUCUUCAUUACCGUCACGGCUCCGCUCCUCGGCCGCGCUAGUCCUCCGGCCUGAUGUUCUGGUGGACCUUGCCGCGGCUGCAAGCCUGCUGACGUUAACCGGCGUGUCCCUAGCCUACGUUUACCUGGACCGCGAGUCCGCAGCUGCCAGUAGGGGCUAUCGGCGGUACUGGUGGUUCUCCAUCCUGUUGGGUCCCUCCGGCUGCUUCCUGCGCUGGUACCUGUCGCACCUUAACGGCUGGCGUGAUGGCUGGCUGCAAUACGGGACGUUCGCCGCCAACGUGCUGGGCUGUGCGCUGGUCUUCGCGUGUGAGGCGUUGCUGUUUCGGUUGGAGGGCUCGUUGGGGGAGGUACAGCGGAUGGCGCUGCAGGGGUUGAUGGUGGGUACAGCGGGAUGCCUUACCACCGUGUCAACAUACGUUGUUGAGAUCCAGAAGCUGGCUCUGUCCUCACUCCCGGCAGCGUACAAGUACUUCCUGACCAGCACAUUAGUUCCUGUAGCUCUGGGUCUGCUGGUGUACGGCGUCCCGAGAGAGGCACUUCGGUACAUGGCAGGUCGACAAUCCAUGGCUAUCGCGAUGGUGCAGCUAACAUAUGACGAUCCGCUGUAUCAGGGUCCAUCCAUGAAACGGCUUACAGAUGGAGCAACAAUAACAUCACCACCACCACCAGCAUGA